AUGGCACCAUCCACCCCCUUCAACUAUAUCCAACGCAAGCGCGCCCUCAAGAAUGCCUCAAAACCCACCGCCAUCGCCAAGAUAACUAGCCGUCCAUAUAUUAAUCCUCAAAUCGCCUCCCCUCUCUUCUCUACACUGCCAGCCGAGAUUCGAAACCACAUAUUCUAUUAUGCCCUCCUCGCCUACCCAGACCUUGCGCGCCCGUAUUCGAGGCACAGCUUCUGGAAUCGACCCGGCUACACGCAUGCGCGAGCAAUUGCAGUCGCUUUGUUGUUAACGUGCCGACGGGUAUACCUCGAGACGGAUCUCCUGCCCGUGGUACACAACGAGCAUGUCAUAUGGGGCGUGGAAAAACCGAGGAUACCGCCUGGCUCGACAAAUUAUCUGCUCCAUGAUCGACAUAUGAAGCUCUCGCAACGGAACGUCGUCCAAUUCGUCCACCUAUUUACGCAGCAGUUCUGGCUCGAGGACUGGAAGAAUCAAUGGCUGGCUUUCACGACCAGUUGGCCAGAGGGCGGACCAAGGAAAAUCAGGAUCACGAUCAGACAUACGGAUUGGUGGUACAAUCUCCUCGGAGAGAAUAGUCCGUUGGCAUUGGAUCCGAAGAGGAAAGGCCGGGCCAGAGUCGGUGACUGGGUGUCUGACGACCAACCAUACGAGAGUGGGAGUUGGGGAAGCAGAUUUGCGAAUCUAAAGGGAUUGAAGAUAUUGGAGAUGGAGUUGGAGACGAUUGAAGCGAAAAGGACGGAGCUCGAUACCAUCAUUGAAAAAGCACGGUCCUGGAAGUUUCCAUCGGGAGACGGCAAUGCGCUCGUCAUGGACGAAGGAAGCACUGAGAAGUCAGUUUGGACGGGGUCGAAACACUCGAAGGGCCUCAACGCUGUCACUGUACCAGCAGGAUUGCAGCUUCGACAGGGGAGCACGGCGAGCUUUUCGCCUUUUAGGUCUACGCCGCGGAGUGACGCAGAGUCGGAAGAGUUGGGACCUGGGGAUACGCUUGAUUAUUACGUCGUUUUGCUUACAUGGCGUGCCCAGAGCAAGUCAGAGCACGACGAUGUUCCCACGGCUGCUGGUACGAUGCUUACUCCUUCGACCACGACAAAUACAACCCCAGCUACGACGAGUACAGCAGUGGCCCCACCCACCACCGCGGCGCCACGUGGGACAUACAACCGAUUGAACAACAUACCAACAUACUAUGGCCCACGAUUUGGGUCGGCAUGA